UAAUUUAUUCAAAAAUCAAAAUUUUAAUUUGUAAUCUGUCAGAGGUCAGGGCCGUGAUAUAUUGAAUUGUUUUCAAAUAACCGUAAAAUGAAGUAAACGUUACCAUAUUUGAAAUGGCGUUUCCACUAUCUUACUACAUACUUCCCACCUUUCUGCUGCUAUUCAUCAUCAGAAAAGUCAGAGAAUCGAAAUGGGGCAAAUGCAAAAACAAUGUGCAGCUGGACGGCAAAACUGCGAUUGUCACUGGGGCCAAUUCAGGUAUAGGUUUCGAAAUUGCCAGAGAACUUGCUCAGAGAAAAGCCCAUGUCAUUGUGGCUUGUCGAACUCUAGAAAAGGCUAGGGAAGCAUGUCUUCAGAUACAUGCAAAGCUCAAAAGUGAUCAAGCUGUUUUGAUUCCUAUGGAAGUGAAUCUUGCAUCUCUAAAAUCAAUCAAGAACUUUGCAGAAGAAGUGAACAAGAAUCAUGAAGAAAUCAACAUACUUGUCAACAAUGCAGGAGUAUCUUUUCCAAAUAGCCAAAGGAUGCUAACGGAAGAUAAAUUUGAGAUACACUUUGGAGUAAACUACUUGGCACACUUCUACCUAACCAGUCUAUUACUUAAACUGCUGUCAAUUGCACCCAGUAGAGUCAUAGUUGUAGCAUCAUCUCUGCAUGAAAGAGGUGAAAUAAACUUGUCUGAUCUAAAUCACUUGCAUUCUACAAAGAAAACCAAUUUGUAUGCAAAUUCAAAGCUAGCAAAUGUGUAUUUUGCACAAGAAUUGGCUAGAAGAAUUGAAUCCAAUCAUGUGAGAGUAUAUGCUUGUUGUCCUGGUUGGGUGUAUACUGGGCUAUUCAGGCAUUCUUUAAAGUGGUAUCAUUACAUAUUGAUAGCACCUGUGGCAUUUUUUUUCAUGAGGAGUGCAAAGCAGGGUGCACAAACUCCUAUCUAUUGUGCUACUGAAUCUUCAAUUGAAAAUGAAACUGGACUGUUGUAUAGAGACUGUAAGCCCUAUAAUAGUAAGGCAAUUUUUUAUGAUAAUGUAGGAAUUAAAUUGUGGGAACAGUCCCAACAAAUGAUAAAUGAUGCUACCAAGGAACUGUGAUAUGCUUUUAUGAU